AAAAUAGCCCCCGAGGCGCAACCACCGGCCGCCCUGGUGACCUUCUGGGUAGCACAGGCCGAAGGCGGGCGGGCAGCAGGAAGGCAGGGCGCCGGCCCCCCAGGACUCAUCUCCCAGGGCAACAUCCCCCGGGUGCCCCCGUGGCCGUCCAGUUCCAGCGUCCCCCCAGCCCAACUCGAGAGGCCAUGCAGAAAGCCCGGGGCACGCGAGGAGAGGACACGGGCACGAGGGCACCCCCAAGCCCCGGGGUGCCCCCGAAGAGGGCCAAAGUGGGGGCCGGCGGAGGGGCGGUGGCCGGGGCGCCGGUCUUCCUGCGGCCCCUGAAGGACGCGGCGGUGUCUGCGGGCAGCGACGUGCGACUGCGGGUGGUGGUGAGCGGGACGCCCCAGCCCCGUCUCAGCUGGUUCCGGGAUGGGCAGCUCCUGCCCCCGCCGGCCCCUGAGCCCAGCUGCCUGUGGCUGCGGAGCUGCGGGGCGCAGGAUGCCGGCAUGUACAGCUGCAGGGCCCAGAAUGAUCGGGGCCAGGCCUCCUGCGAGGCUGUUCUCACAGUGCUGGAAGUCGGAGACUCGGAGACGGGUGAGGAUGACAUCAGCGAUGUGCAGGGGACCCAGCGCCUGGAGCUUCGGGAUGACGGGGCCUUCAGCACCCCCACGGGGGGCUCUGACACCCUGGUGGGCACCUCCUUGGACACACCCCCGACCUCCGUGACAGGCACCUCAGAGGAGCAAGUGAGCUGGUGGGGCAGCGGGCAGACGGUCCUGGAGCAGGAAGCGGGCAGCAGGGGUGGCACCUGCCGCCUCCCGGGCAGCCCAAGGCAAGCACAGGCAACCGGGGCCGGGCCACGGCACCUGGGGGUGGAGCCGCUGGUGCGGGCGUCUCGAGCUAAUCUGGUGGGCGCAAGCUGGGGGUCAGAGGAUAGCCUUUCGGUGGCCAGUGACCUGUACGGCAGCGCAUUCAGCCUGUACAGAGGACGGGCGCUCUCAAUCCACGUGUCCCUUCCAGCCCAGACCCGCGGGCUUGAAGCCCCGAAGCCGCCCAGCGCCCCUCCGAGCGUCGCGGGGAAGCCCGGGGAUGAAGCCAGGAGGCCUCGGAGCCGCGGGCCAGCAGGCAGGACGGAGCCCGGGGAAGGUCCACAGCAAGAGGUUAGGCGCCGGGACCAGUUCCCGCUGACCCGGAGCAGAGCCAUCCAGGAGUGCCGGAGCCCCGUGCCGCCCCCCGGCGCCGAUCCCCCCGAGACCAGGACGAGAGCCCCGCCAGGUCGGAAGCGGGAGCCCCCGCCGCAGGCCGUGCGCUUCCUGCCCUGGGCCACGCCGGGCCAGGAAGGCGCUGCUGUGCCCCAGACCUUGGAAAAGAACAGGGUGGGGCCUGAAGCCGAGAAGAGGCUGCGCAGAGGGCCAGAGGAGGACGGUCCUUGGGGGCCCUGGGACCGCCGUGGGGCCCGCAGCCAGGGCAGAGGUCGCCGGGCCCGGCCCACCUCACCUGAGCUCGAGUCUUCGGAUGACUCCUAUGUGUCUGCUGGAGAAGAGCCCCUAGAGGCCCCCGUGUUUGAGAUCCCCCUGCAGAAUGCGGUGGUGGCCCCAGGGGUGGACGUGCUGCUCAAGUGUAUCAUCACUGCCAACCCCCCACCCCAAGUGUCCUGGCAGAAGGAUGGGUCCUCGUUGCGCAGUGAUGGCCGCCUUCUUAUCCGGGCUGAAGGCGAGCGUCACACCCUGCUGCUCCGGGAGGCCCGGGCGGCUGACGCCGGGAGCUAUACAGCUACUGCCACCAACGAGCUGGGCCAGGCCAGCUGUGCUGCCACGCUGGCUGUGAAACCCGGUGGAUCCACAUCCCCUUUCAGCAGCCCCAUCACCUCUGAUGAGGAGUACCUGAGCCCCCCAGAGGAGUUCCCGGAGCCCGGGGAGACCUGGCCCCGAGCCCCCACCAUGAAGCUCAGUCCCGGCCAGAACCGCCGUUCCUCUGACACUGGCUCCAAGGCACCCCCAACCUUCAAGGUAUCACUUAUGGACCAGUCAGUAAGAGAAGGCCAAGAUGUCACCAUGAGCAUCCGUGUGCAGGGCGAGCCCAAGCCGGUGGUCUCCUGGCUGAGAAACCGUCAGCCCGUGCGCCCAGACCAGCGGCGCUUCGCCGAGGAGGCAGAGGGUGGGCUGUGCCGGCUUCGGAUUCUGGCUGCUGAGCGGGGCGACGCUGGCUUCUACACUUGCAAAGCAGUUAACGAGUAUGGCGCUCGGCAGUGCGAGGCGCGCCUGGAGGUCAGAGCACACCCUGAAAGCCGGUCCCUGGCCGUGCUGGCCCCCCUGCAGGACGUGGACGUGGGGGCCGGGGAGAUGGCGCUGUUUGAGUGCCUGGUGGCGGGUCCUGCCGACGUGGAGGUAGACUGGCUGUGCCGAGGCCGCCUGCUGCAGCCUGCGCUACUCAAAUGCAAGAUGCAUUUCGAUGGCCGGAAAUGCAAGCUGCUCCUCACCUCUGUGCAUGAGGACGACAGUGGCGUCUACACCUGCAAGCUCAGCACGGCCAAAGAUGAGCUGACCUGCAGUGCCCGGCUGACGGUGCGGCCCUCACUGGCGCCCCUGUUCACACGGCUCCUGGAGGACAUGGAGGUGCUGGAGGGCCGCGCAGCCCGCUUCGACUGCAAGAUCAGCGGCACCCCGCCCCCCUCUGUGACCUGGGCUCAUUUUGGCCGCCCCGUGGAGGAGAGUGAGAACUUGCGGCUUCGGCAGGACGGGGGCCUGCACUCACUGCACAUUGCCCACGUGGGCAGCGAGGACGAAGGGCUCUAUGAGGUCAGCGCCACCAACAGCCACGGCCAGGCCCACUGCUCAGCCCAGCUCUAUGUGGAGGAGCCGCGGACGGCGGCCACUGGCCCUAGCUCGAAGCUGGAGAAGAUGCCAUCCAUCCCCGAGGAACCCGAGCAGGGCGAGCUGGAGCGGCUGUCCAUGCCUGACUUCCUGCGGCCACUGCAGGACCUGGAUGUGGGACUGGCCAAGGAGGCCAUGCUGGAGUGCCAAGUGACCGGCCUGCCCUACCCCACCAUCACCUGGUUCCACAAUGGCCACCGCAUCCAGAGCAGCGAUGACCGGCGCAUGACACAGUACAGGGAUGUCCAUCGCUUAGUGUUUCCUGCUGUGGGACCUCAGCAUGCCGGUGUCUACAAGAGCGUCAUCGCCAACAAGCUGGGCAAAGCUGCCUGCUAUGCCCACCUCUAUGUCACAGAUGUGGUUCCAGGCCCCCCAGAUGGUGCCCCGCAAGUGGUGGCUGUGACUGGGAGGAUGAUCAAACUCAUGUGGAACCCCCCCAGGAGUCUGGACAUGGCCAUUGACCCAGAUGCCCUGACCUACACUGUGCAGCACCAGGUGCUGGGCUCGGACCAGUGGACAGCGCUGGCCUCGGGCCUGCGGGAACCCAGGUGGGCGGCCAUGGGUCUGCGUAAAGGGAUCCAGCACAUCUUCCGGGUCCUCAGCACCACCAUCAAGAGCAGCAGCAAGCCCUCGCCCCCCUCUGAGCCAGUGCAGCUGCUGGAACACGGCCCGCCCCUGGAGGAGGCACCCGCCGUGCUGGACAAGCCAGACAUCGUGUAUGUGGUGGAGGGACAGCCUGCCAGUGUCACCGUCACCUUCAACCAUGUGGAGGCCCAGGUCGUCUGGAGGAGCUGCCGAGGGGCCCUCCUAGAGGCCCGGGCUGGUGUGUACGAACUGAGCCAGCCAGAUGACGACCAGUACUGUCUUCGGAUCUGCCGGGUGAGCCGCCGGGAUAUGGGGGCCCUUACCUGCACUGCCCGCAACCGCCACGGCACACAGGCCUGCUCAGUCACACUGGAGCUGGCAGAGGCCCCUCGAUUUGAGUCCAUCAUGGAGGACGUGGAGGUAGGGGCUGGAGAAACUGCUCGCUUUGCUGUGGUGGUUGAGGGGAAACCACUGCCGGACAUCAUGUGGUACAAGGAUGAGGUGCUGCUGACAGAGAGCAACCACGUGAGCUUCGUGUAUGAGGAGAAUGAGUGCUCCCUGGUGGUGCUCAGCGCGGGGGCCCAGGACGGAGGUGUCUACACCUGCACUGCCCGAAACCUGGCUGGUGAAGUCUCCUGCAAAGCAGAGUUGGCUGUGCACUCAGCUCAGACAGCUAUGGAGGUGGAGGGGGUCGGGGAAGACGAGGAGCAGCGAGGAAGGAGGCUCAGCGACUUCUAUGACAUCCACCAGGAGAUUGGCAGGGGUGCUUUCUCCUACCUGCGGCGUGUGGUGGAGCGUAGCUCUGGCCUGGAGUUUGCAGCCAAGUUCAUCCCCAGUCAGGCCAAGCCAAAGGCAUCAGCGUGGCGGGAGGCCCGGCUGCUGGCCCGACUCCAGCAUGACUGCGUCCUCUACUUCCAUGAGGCCUUCGAGAGGCGCCGGGGACUGGUCAUUGUCACUGAGCUCUGCACGGAGGAGCUGCUCGAGCGAAUGGCCAGGAAAGCCACCGUGUGUGAGUCUGAGAUCCGGGCCUACAUGCGGCAGGUGCUAGACGGAAUAUGUUACUUGCACGAGAACCAUGUGCUGCACCUCGAUGUCAAGCCUGAGAACCUGCUGGUAUGGGAUGGUGUUGAGGGUGAAGAGCAGGUGAGGAUCUGUGACUUCGGGAAUGCUCAGGAGCUGAUUCCAGGAGAGCCGCAGUACUGCCAGUACGGCACACCUGAAUUUGUGGCACCUGAGAUUGUCAACCAGACCCCUGUAUCCGGAGUCACUGACAUCUGGCCCGUGGGUGUUGUUGCCUUCCUCUGUCUGACGGGAAUCUCCCCAUUUGUUGGGGAAAACGAUCGGACGACGCUGAUGAACAUCCGAAACUACAACGUGGCCUUCGAGGAGACCACAUUCCUGAGCCUGAGCAGGGAGGCCCGAGGCUUCCUCAUCAAAGUGCUGGUACAGGACCGCCUGAGACCUACCGCAGAGGAGACCCUAGAACAUCCGUGGUUUAAAACACAGGCAAAGGGCGCAGAGGUGAGCACGGAUCACCUAAAGCUAUUCCUCUCCCGGCGGAGGUGGCAGCGCUCCCAGAUCAGCUACAAGUGCCACCUGGUGCUGCGCCCCAUUCCUGAACUGCUGCGGGCACCCCCAGAGCGGGUGUGGGUGGCUGUGCCCAGAAGACCACCCCCCAGUGGAGGGCUGUCAUCCUCCUCCGAUUCUGAAGAGGAAGAGCUGGAGGAGCUGCCCUCAGUGCCCCGGCCACUGCAGCCUGAGUUCUCGGGUUCCCGGGUGUCCCUCACUGACAUUCCCACUGAGGAUGAGGCCCUGGGGACCCCAGAGGCUGGAGCUGCCACCCCCAUGGACUGGCAGGAGCAAGGAAAGGCCCCGUCUCAGGAUCAGGAGACCCCCAGCCCUCAGGCCCUCCCCUCCUCAGGCCAGGAGCCCCCGUCUGGGCCCAGCCCCCGGCGGGGAGAGCUCCGGAGGGGCAGCUCAGCUGAGAGCGCCCUGCCCCGGGCCGGGUUGAGGGAGCCGGGCCGGGGCCUGCACAAGGCAGCGUCUGUUGAGCUGCCGCAGCGCCGAAGCCCCAGCCCGGGGGCCACCCGCCUGACCCGAGGAGGCCUGAGCGAGGGCGAGUAUGCCCAGAGGCUGCAGGCCUUGCGCCAGCGGUUGCUGCGGGGCGGCCCUGAGGAUGGUAAGGUUAGCGGCCUCAGAGGCCCCCUGCUGGAGAGCCUUGGGGGCCGUGCCCGGGAUCCCCGGCUGGCGCGGGCAGCCUCUAGCGAGGCGGCACCCCGCCACCAGCAUCCACCUGAGACACGAGGCCUGCAGAAAAGCAGCAGCUUCUCGCAGGGUGAGGCGGAGCCCCGGGGCCGGCAUCGCCGAGCUGGGGCGCCCCUUGAGAUCCCCGUGGCCAGGCUUGGGGCCCGCAGGCUGCAGGAGUCUCCCUCCUUGUCUGCCCUCAGUGAGGCCCAGCCACCUAGCCCUGUGCGGCCCAGCGCCCCCAAACCCAGUGCCCCCAAGUCUUCAGAGCCUCCUGCCACCACACCCAGUGAUGCCCAGCCCUCAGCACCCCAGCCUGCCCGAGAGAAGGCCCUAGAAUCCAUGUCAGCACCAGUCCCAGCCCCCAAACCUACACAGCCCCCCAUAGCUCUACAAACCCCAGUGCCCCCCCUCACACCUUAUGCCCAGAUCAUGCAGUCGCUCCAGCUGUCGGGCCACGCGCAAGGGCCCCCGCAGGGCCCUGUCGCACCUCCAUCGGAGCCUAAGCCCCACCCGGCUGUGUUCGCCAGGGUGGCCUCCCCACCUCCGGGAGCCUCCAAGAAGCGUGUGCCUUCAGCUGGGGCUCCCGCAGUGCCAGCCGAGAAAGCCCGUGUCCCCACGGUGCCCCGCAGGCCAGGGAGCAGUCUCAGCAGCAGCAUCGAGAACCUGGAGUCGGAAGCCGUGUUCGAGGCCAAGUUCAAGCGCAGCCGUGAGUCGCCCCUGUCUCGGGGGCUGCGGCUGCUGAGCCGCUCGCGCUCCGAGGAGCGCGGCCCCUUCCGCGGGGCGGAGGAGGAGGACGGCAUGUACCGGCCGAGCCCCGCGUCGGGCCGCAGCACGCCGCUAUUCGGACGGCUGCGCAGGGCCACGUCCGAGGGCGAGAGUCUGAGGCGCCUUGGCCUCGCGCACAACCAGCUGGCCGCCCAGGCCGGCGCCACCGCACCUUCCGCGGAGUCCCUGGGCUCCGAGGCCAGCGGUACAUCGGGCUCCUCAGCUCCCGGGGAAAGACGAAGCCGACUGCGUUGGGGCCUCUCUAGGCUUCGGAAGGACAAGGGUUUGUCCCAGCCAAACCUCUCUGCCAGCAUCCAGGAGGAUUUGGGUCACCAGUAUGUGCGCAGUGAGUCAGACUUUCCCCCAGUCUUUCACAUCAAACUCAAGGACCAGGUGCUGCUGGAGGGAGAGGCAGCCACCCUGCUCUGCCUGCCAGCGGCCUGCCCUGCACCCCACAUCUCGUGGAUGAAAGACAAGCAGUCCCUGCGGUCAGAGCCCUCAGUGAUCAUCGUGUCCUGCAAAGACGGCCGGCAGCUGCUGAGCAUCCCCCGGGCCAGCAAGCGGCAUGCUGGGCUCUAUGAGUGCUCAGCCACCAAUGUCCUAGGCAGCAUCACCAGCUCCUGUACCAUCUCUGUGGCCCGUGUCCCAGGAAAGCUAGCUCCUCCCGAGGUGCCCCAGACCUACCAAGACACGGCACUGGUGCUCUGGAAGCCAGGAGACAGUAGGGCACCAUGCACGUACACGCUGGAGCGGCGGGUGGAUGGGGAGUCUUCCUGGCACCCCGUGAGCUCGGGCAUCCCUGACUGUUACUACAAUGUGACCCACCUACCAGUCGGCAUGACUGUGAGGUUCCGUGUGGCCUGUGCCAACCGUGCUGGGCAAGGGCCUUUCAGCAACCCUUCCGAGAAGGUCCUCGUUAGGGGCAUGCCAGAUUCCUCAGCUCUGCCAUCUGCUGCUCACCGAGAUGCCCCUGUUACCUCAGGGCCAGCCAGGGCCCCGCCUCCUGACUCUCCUACCUCACUGGCCCCUUCACCGAGCCCCUCCCCAGCUCCUGCUCCCCCAGGCCCCCAAUCAGUCCCUCUUGGCCCCUCAUCUUCCCCAUCACCCCCCAACCAAGCCUUGUCCUCACUCAAGGCUAUGGGUCCACCACCCCAAACCCCCCCACGAAAGCACAGGGGUCUGCAGGCUGCCCAGCAAGUAGAGCCUACCCCACCCAGUGCCCAGGUCUCUCCAAGUGAGCCCAAGUCUUCCGUCCCUGACACUGGGACCCCGACCCCAGCCUCCACCCCUCAAGGGGUAAAAGCAACAUCUUCCUCAACUCCCUUGUAUGUGGUGACCUCCUUUGUGUCUGCACCACCAGCCCCCGAGCCCCCAGCCCCUGAGCCCCCUCCUGAGCCCACCAAGGUGACUGUGCAGAGCCUCAGUCCAGCCAAGGAGGUGGUCAGCUCUCCUGGAGGUGGUCCUCCUAGCUCUUCCAGGCCAGAGGGUACCACUCUGCGACAGGGCCUCCCUCAGAAACCCUACACCUUCCUGGAGGAGAAGGCCAGGGGCCGCUUUGGAGUAGUGCGCGCCUGCCGGGAGAAUGCCACUGGGCGAACGUUCGUGGCCAAGAUCGUCCCCUAUGCGGCCGAGGGCAAGCGGCGGGUCCUGCAGGAGUAUGAGGUGCUGCGGACGCUGCACCACGAGCGGCUCAUGUCGCUGCACGAGGCCUACAUCACCCCACGCUACCUCGUGCUCAUCGCUGAGAGUUGCGGCAACCGGGAACUCCUCUGUGGGCUCAGUGACAGGUUCCGGUAUUCAGAGGAUGACGUGGCCACCUAUGUGGUGCAGCUGCUACAAGGCCUGGACUACCUCCAUGGCCGCCAUGUGCUGCACCUGGACAUCAAGCCAGACAACCUGCUGCUGGCCCCUGACAACGCCCUCAAGAUCGUGGACUUUGGCAGCGCCCAGCCCUACAACCCCCAGGCCCUGCGGCCCCUUGGCCACCGCACGGGCACACUGGAGUUCAUGGCUCCUGAGAUGGUGAAGGGAGACCCCAUCGGCUCUGCUACGGACAUAUGGGGAGUAGGUGUGCUGACGUACAUCAUGCUCAGUGGACGCUCCCCGUUCUACGAGACAGACCCCCAGGAAACAGAGGCUCGCAUUGUGGGGGGUCGAUUUGAUGCCUUCCAGCUGUACCCCAACACGUCCCAGAGCGCCACCCUCUUCUUGCGAAAGGUCCUCUCAGUACAUCCCUGGAGCCGGCCCUCCCUGCAGGACUGUCUGGCCCAUCCGUGGCUGCAGGACGCCUACCUGAUGAAGCUGCGCCGCCAGACGCUCACCUUCACCACCAACCGGCUCAAGGAGUUCCUGGGCGAGCAGCGGCGCCGCCGGGCUGAGGCUGCCACCCGUCACAAGGUGCUGCUGCGCUCCUACCCAGGCAACCCCUAGCGGCUCGGACCACAGCCGGGCCUCGGGCUUUGACUCGGGGUUCCCGCUGAUGCUGCGGGACAUUCCAGGGCCCAUGCUGAGCCGGGUGGGCCCGGGGCUUCGGACACCACCAGCAGCAACAUCCGGCCGGGCUAUUACCUCAUGGACCUGCGGGGACAGAGACUCUGGGCUGUGGCCAAUGCCACCGGGCCAGAGCCAGAGCGAGAGACCCACUGGCCAGGCUGGGUGGGGUCAGGAGCAGGAAGAGGGGCAAGAAGGGGAAAUGGGAGAGUGAUGAGGAGAAGCUGAGAGAUAGGGAGGGGGAGACUCGAGGAAGGUUCUGGGGGAGGGAGACAAUGAAUCUGGGGGAGAACCAACCCAGGAAGGUGUGAGUUGCUGGAGAGGAGAAGGGAGGAGCCCAGGGUGUCAACAGGCCAUGGGCUGGGAGUGUCAGUGAAGCAGGGACAGGGCAAGGAGACAGGCCAAGGAGCCAUAGCCAUUGUGUGAGAGAGGGCAGCAAGGUGGGGGAGGGAGAGGAGAGAGGACACAGGCCAGGGUGGGGUGGGCCAGCUGCCAGCAUCCCCAGAAGGAGAAGGAUGGAGGGCUAGAGGCUGGAGGUAGUGGUCACUCACGUGGCACUCUCCUCCUAUCCCAGUGGAUGCAGGUCUGGGCACUCUACUGGCCCAAAGAUGUCCCCACCGCUCCUCUGUGGCCUUCACCCUUCUUCCCAUUCAUAUUUAUUUAUUUAUUGACUUUUAUGAAGUCUCCCUACCAUCCAAUCCCUAAUGCCCAUGUUGUCCUGACCAUCCCCCCAGCCAUCCAGCUGUCUGUGCAGCUGUCUGUCUGUCUGUCACAAGGAAAAUAAAAACGGCAAGCAGCAGGA